AUGAAUUAAAUAUUAAAAACAUUACAAGAGAACGAAAUUUAUGAAGAGGGCAAGGCCUAUCCCUAUCAUAAAUGUAGACUUUAGAAAGGUGGAUUUAAAAUGAACUACGUAGAAGAUAACAGCACUAGAGCAGUUAUGGUAAACGUAUUAAAGUAAAUAGGAGUUAAGCUUUAUAAUGGUGAAAUUAGUAACGCCAUGCAAAUUUCAAGACCUGCAGCUAUGUGCACAAGCUUAAGCGUUCUCGAAUGCAUUGCCCAUGAUCACGUUUACACAGAUUUUUUAAAAGAAGCAGCAAGCAGCGACCCUUUAAGAUAAAUGCAAUUAGUUUGUGCCCACAUGAUUUCUGGGCUUCACUAUAAUUCAUCUAAAUUAUUUACAAAAGCUCCACUUGAGCCAACCUUAGGAGAAACACUAUAAUUAUAAAAAAGUGAUGGAACAAAAUUUUUAGCUGAACAAAUAUGCUAAAAUCCUCCUAUUGCAAGUGUCAUUAUGAUUGGUCCUGAUAACUGUUACAGAUAGUAUCACUCUCAUUAAGUUAAAGUCAAUUUGAAUAAAAACCUAAACUCACUCGUCGGAAGAGCACUUGGUGAAUAAACAUUUUAAUUUAAGGAUAGCGAAAUAGUUUCUGAGUUAGCAGAAAUCCACAUAGAUGGUCUUUUGGUGGGAGAUAGAGCAUUUCACUAUAAAGGAAAGGUUGAACUUUUGAAUAAAAAGCAAAAUUUAAAAGCAGUCAUCAACUUUAAUUAUUAAUCUGAAGGCCAUAUUGCUAAAAUUUCAAAUACAAUCAGUUCAUUAUUUGGUGGAUCUAAAAAGAAAAAUGAAAAUGUAUUAGAAAAGGAUUCUUUUGAUAUAUCAAUUUAUAAAAUUAGCUAAAAUGGAAACCAAAAAGACAAUGAUGAUUGCUAAGCAUGUAUCUCUAAAGGUAAUGGAAAUUGGUUAGCAUUCUUAUAGUUUGAUGGCAAAUUAUUCUGGAAGAUUGAUGACCAUAACGAAACAUGGUCACCUGAUGAAAAAUUAUUGAGUAGUGAUAGCACAUUUAGACUAGAUAGAUAAUUAAUACAAAAAAAUAAAAUAGAAGAAGCAUAAAAGGAAAAAAUUAGAAUUGAAGCAGAAGAUUAAAAAUUUAAAAAGCUUAGAAGCUCCUCUAAAAAGUGA